GAAUGUCAGCUGUUUCAGGUUCAAUAUGGAUACGGAAUAACAGUCCGACCAAGCGAGCGUACGUGUUUGGAGAGUAAUUCUUCCAAGGUCGUAUAAUCCAACGAAAGUUAUAUCUAAAAGGCAGUCGUCUGAUUUAUGCAAAAUCUAGCGCGUAACGUUGAUGUGUUGACACAGGGAUUUAAAUACGGUAUAUCUGGCCUCAUGAACCUCGCAAAUCAAACCGCUGAUCCUCAGAGUGGUGUUUUCUUUGUUAAUUUCAAUCAAGAUUGCACAUCCCUAGCGGUUGGCACGAAGUCAGGGCACAAAAUCUUUUCUCUCAACUCUGUUGACCACUUGGAAAAAAUUUAUGAAAAUGAUUCUGAGGACAUAUGCAUUGUCGAGCGGCUGUUCAGCAGCAGUCUUGUCGCAGUGGUCAGCCUCUCCUCCCCCCGUAAGCUGAAAGUAUGCCAUUUUCGUAAAGGGACAGAAAUCUGCAACUACAGUUAUUCCAAUACCAUUCUGGCUGUGAAAUUGAAUAGAGCGAGACUGGUCGUAUGCCUCGAGGAAUCACUCUACAUUCACAAUAUCAGAGAUAUGAAGGUGCUUCACACAAUCCGUGACACACCUCCGAACCUCGCGGGCCUCUGUACGCUCUCCAUAAACGGCGACAGUUGUUACCUCGCCUAUCCUGGCUCAAAUACAAUAGGGGAAGUACAGAUAUUCGAUGCCAUCAACCUUCAAGCCAAGACGAUGAUACCAGCACAUGACAGCCCUUUGGCAGCUCUUGCCUUUACUCCGACAGGAAAUAAAGUAGCGACGGCUUCGGAAAAGGGAACUGUUAUCAGAGUUUUCCAGGUGCACGACGGUGCUAAAUUAUUUGAAUUUCGACGAGGUGUUAAGAGAUGCGUAUCUAUCAGCAGCCUUGCAUUUAGUAUGGACUCUCUAUUUCUCUGCUGUUCGAGUAACACUGAAACUGUGCACGUUUUUAAACUUGAAGAACCAAAAGAAGCACCAGCCUCUGAGGAAGUUCAAGGUUGGAUGGGCUAUUUUACAAAAGCAGUAUCGGCGUCAGCAAAUUAUUUGCCGUCUCAGGUAACUGAUGUCUUCAAUCAAGGGCGCGCGUUUGCCAGCGUGCAUCUACCUUUCCAUGGAUUGAGGAAUGUUUGUGCCAUCACUACGAUACAGAAAGUGCUGAGGUUAUUGGUGGCCAGUGCAGAUGGAUAUCUCUAUGUUUACAAUCUUGAUAUGGCAGAAGGGGGAGAUUGCACUUUACUGAAACAGCACAGGUUGGAUGGCAAGCAGGAUGAAGUAGACGGUCCAACCGUAUCGACCACAGCACCUGCAACUGGAGAAACGCCUGCGGCAGCUCAAACAGUACAAAACACAGGCUGCAUAAAUAGCUACGCGGGUGCAUUGCGCGGCCGCUCGCCAGACGCCAUGUCAGGUACUGACUCAGAAAAGUUUCACGAGAUGGUAGCUGCUACGGAAAGCCCACCCAAAGGCGGGUUUCGUUUGGAUGACGACACCGAGUUUCCACCGGUCACACAUAGGACUGAUUGAAAACUAUCUUUGACAUAUCUUUAAGGAGAAUUUGUAACGAUAAAAUAAUUCAACCAGAAGAAAAUGGAUAAACCUGCGUCGAUACAUUUAGCUUUUUGAAAGUUUUCCAAAUUUUCCUUUGAUAAAAUUAGUCUUGCUACUCCGUUAACAGGAGGUACAUUAUUUUUUUCUGAUAUAUUUUUCUAAAUCAAUAAUUACAUCUCUGAUUAUUUUCUAUUAGAGAAUAUGACUUCUUGAGAAGGUCUUAAAUAUUUAACGAAUGAAUGGGAUAUUCUUGACCAACGGAUUGCGUUAAACACAAACAAUAUUUCGCCGUCUCUCAGUUAGGGCUUAUAAAGGUAUUAGAAAAAUAUUUUCAUGAAUUAAAGAAAGGCUAAGUAUAUCGGCACACAUUUACUCUAUUUUACAUAACAAGGAAAAUGAGUAAAAAAAGAAACAAUGAAGACAGUGGACCACUUUCUCAUAGUUUCAAAGUACAGGCAAACGAUAAAAAAGCCUUUUUAAAAAUAUGUUGAAAACUAUAAAAGCAAAAAUACAAAAACAAAAUUUAUCAAAAAUAUAUACAGUAAAAAAGUUUAAUUUCAAUCAUUAUCAGUAAUAUGUAAAGAGAGAUAAAGUUCAAUAGAAAGUAAAGGUCAUAAAAAGAAAUAUGUGUUUAAGGUGUAUCAAAAUUACUCGGGGUUCCACAUACAUAAAAUUUUUCUCCCUCUCUAUUUUAUUAUAUUUUAGUUUAUUUUCAAAAGCAAAAAAUAAAACAAAAAAAAAAACAAAAAAAAACAAUAAUAAUAAUAAAUAAUAAAGACGAAAAAAUAUCACGAGUAAGAAAUUGAAAAUUGGUGCCAAUCGUAGACCUACUUGGGGAUAUGACGUCGAUCAUAUUUUUUCAUUAUUAAUUUUAUUGUACAUCAUUACGUAGAAACACUGUGUUUACUGUGUAACUGUAAUAUCCGUAUGUCAGAAAAUGACGGACCUAUGCAUCUCGAUUUAUUGUAUCUAGUGGUUAAUAGACGAGAUCAUUUGGUGUGUUAUUUGCCAGGCCAGUGUAAUAGAAGAUCUACGAUAAUUUGAGACAGUUUUAUACUAACUUGAGUCUUGUUUGGUAAAUAGUUUUAAUUUUAUAAAGAUAAUUAAGAAUAAAUUAAUUCAAAAAAUAUACAAUAAAAAAGAAUUUAAAAAAAAAAAUCCAAUAACGACUGUAAAUACAAAAAAAAAAAAAGCUUACGUAUUAAUAUUGUUAUGUAUAAUUUCUUACCAAUACACGUAUGAGCACGCUAGCAAAUUGUAGCUAAUUUUUAUUUUUACUUGGUAAGAUUUCCUCAUAUAGCUACAUGGGAUAUUAUUACGUAUCCUUUGGUUUUAAUCAGAGAAAUCUAGACAUAUUUAAUGUAUUAGUUGAGUAUUAUAGUGAUGAUAAUAAUCGUUGAUGAACCAUUUUUUUUUUUUUCCACUUUUUUUUUCCCCAACCUGGAUCACGGUAUUUGGAUCUACCAUAUUCAGUGCUGUUGCGAAGAUGUGCAUAUUAAUAUUAUCAUUGUUCAUAUCUACUAUAACGAAUCACGUGUAAUGUAAUUAUUUUUCACUGCGAAUAAAAUUUAAAUGUUGAGUAAAACAAUAUUAGAAUAAAAAUUAUCUCAAUCGCAUCUCGUCAAGAUAUAUGCAUCUGAAAUACAUGUAAGAAUACGAACGAUGAA